UACAUAAUGUAUUUGCCAUCUUUCACACGGAACGCGAACGCAACAUGGUCCCGUCUCCUCUUGGUGUGUGACGUCAGCGGCUACAGGUGAAAAGGCACACCUUUACCUGAGACUUUACCUGUACGCGCGCGGACAGACACGGUUCAGCAGUGACCUGUCGAUAUGCGGAAGUGAAGCGAGGCUCAGAGUUAUUGAUCAGGUCCAUGUUUAAUGUUUCUUCUUUUGAUUGGUUGGUUUUAAUGAUGUCGGAAUGUUAAUGAGGCCCGGCACAGCUGCGCGAGGGAACAUGUACCAGUAUUUUCCCGUGGGAAGUAUUUCUCUGUGACCGAACUUCACAUCAGCACCGGAACGACUUCAACAUGUUCUUCAAGUCACCCGAGGAAAGCUUUGAGCUGUGGGAAGGACCAAAGGACGGUUACGCCAGUGAGCCUUUACUUCCUUCAGUGUCCAACCAGAGGACAUUUGACUACAUACUGGUGGCCCACAAGGUGGAAGAUGAAAUGGACCAGAAGGCUCAGAGACGAAGAGCCUUUCUCGGGGAGCUAGAGAGGAAAAAUAUCACCGUCACUAAGGUCGACCAUGAUGACAAAGUGUUUUACGGCAUCCGUGCUCCCAAUGAGAUAUUUAAAGACUACCAGUACCUGCUCAAAGUCUCCGACUCCUGCAACUGGUGUGGAAAUGUGAGGGGCUCCGUCACCCAGGCUACCAGAAUCCGAAUCGUCCAUUUCAUCCUUCAUCGGACCUUCAUCGGCACAGGAGAGAACCUGCGGGAGCUGUUGGAGAAGGAUGUGUUUGAAACCACAUUUUGCCUCCAUGAGAGAAAGAUGCAAAAACAGCUGAAGAAGAAAUGGGCUCGAUGGUCGGCUCUGUUUACGGGACAACCAGUCACCGACGUCAAGUGUUACUUUGGAGAGAAGGUGGCUCUGUACUACCUGUGGCUGGGCUGGUACACCAAGCUGCUGGUCCCAGCUGCUGCUCUGGGAGUCGUGGUGUUCCUGUAUGGACUCGCCUUUUUCAACACCAACCCUCUCAUUAAGGAAGUGUGUCAGUCCAGUGUCAUUAUGUGUCCUCGCUGUGACAAUUGUACAGUGUGGAGGCUGUCAGACACCUGCACCUACGCCAAGGUCAGCCACCUGUUUGACAAUGAGGGCACUGUGGCUUUUGCUAUGUUCAUGGCGAUCUGGGCCACUCUGUUCCUGGAGCUGUGGAAGAGACACAGAGCCAGAGCCGUGUCUAAGUGGAAGGUGUAUGACUGGUGUGAGGAGGAGGAGGAACUGAUCAUGGAAAUAGUCAAUGAUCCACACUGUAAACCCAAACAGUUCAGACACUCCUACCUGCGCAGCACUCUAGUCCUCAUUCUGGUAACUGUCAUGCUGAUGAUAAUCAUCGGUCUCACUCAUGCCCUGGUGGUGUUUCGAGUGGUGGCGGCCCCCUCGAUGUCUCAGUGGGACUUUAUCCGUGAUUAUGCCAACACUGUGGCCGUGAUGCUGGGAGCUGUGCUGCACUACAUCACCAUUCAGAUCAUGACCCGGGUGAACAGAUGGGUGUCCCUCAAGCUGUGUAAAAUAGAGAAGACAAACUCUUUCGCUGCCACAGAGAGGAACUUCACCGUCAAGAUGUUCACCUUCCAGUUCUUCACUCUCUUCUCCUCACUCUUCUACGUGGCCUUCUUCCUGGGCAGGAUAAACGGCCAUCCAGGAAACUAUGUUCGCCUCGCUGGAUUCAGACUGGAGGAGUGCCAUCCCAGUGGCUGUUUAACGGACCUCUUCAUCCAGAUGGCUGUUAUCAUGCUGCUCAAACAGACUCUCAACAACAUCUUUGAGUUCACUGUGCCCUGGUUGAAGAGCUGUCUGCGCAGAAACACUGCGAAGAAGCUGCAGAGGAAGUGCGGUAACUGUUACAGGAAGGCCUGCCGUGAUGAAAGCAAGCAGAUUGAACCGUGUGACAUCUGCAAACUUCGGGACUGGCUGAAGAAUUACCACCUGGCCAACACAGACGCCUUCAGUCUGUUCAAUGAGUUCCUGGAGAUGGUGGUCCAGUUCAGUUUCACCACCAUAUUCGUGGCAGCGUUCCCCCUUGCCCCCCUGCUGGCUCUCAUUAACAACAUCUUUGAGAUCCGCCUGGACGCCAUCAAGAUGGUCCGCCUGGAGCGGCGGCUGGUUCCCCGGAAGACCAACGACAUCGGUGUGUGGACGAAGGUGCUGGAGGCCAUCGGCGUGUUAGCAGUGAUUGCUAACGGUCUGGUUAUUGGAAUCUCAUCAGACUUUAUUCCACGCCUCGUCUACCGUUACAGCUACGGCCCCUGUGCUAAUGGAACAACUCACGAACACUGCAUGCAGGGCUACAUCAAUGACACCCUGUCCACGGCUAAUGUGACACACUCAGGAGUUGAUGUCUUUAGCGCAGACCAGAUGAAGAUAGAUGGCCUCAACGUUGCACAGUGCAGCUACAGAGACUACAGGAAUGAGGACUACGCUCUGACCCAUCAGUUCUGGUUGGUCUUGGCCGUGCGCUUUGCCUUCAUCAUCCUGUUUGAGCAUGUUGUGGUGGUGUGUAAGUUCAUAGCGGCCUGGUUCGUCCCUAACAAUCCCAUCCGUGUGAAGAACGAUCGGCUGCACGACAAAAUGGAGCGGCUGAAGGUGGAGCUGCGUGACAUGAAACGCAGCAAAUCAACAGACGUCUGACCGCCCACAGCUGACCUCAGAUCUGCCUCGGCUGGCUCCAGCAUCACAGGGAGAGAUUCUGUUUUUUUAAAUUAAUAUUUGGUGUUGAAACAAGAGACUGGACUGAGACGCUGAUGUUGUGUGAGGUUUAUGUGUCAGGGUGUCAUUGGACUUUAUGUCACCACACAGCCAUCACACUACGUCUAACAACAGCUGACAGUCGUGAUGUUUUUAUAUUAAAAUGUAAGAAAGAUUUAAUUUUUGUCUUUUGAUGUUGAUGUUUUUGAUGAGUUUUCCCCGUAAAGGAACAGUUUGACAGUUUUCUGCUCAGCGUUAGACGAGAACAUCAUCACUGCACACUUUACAUGAUGACCGUGAACUGUCCCUGUACCUGCUCUUUAAUUCCUGAGCACUUAAAUGUGUGUUCAUGCACUUACUUUAUGCAGGUAAUACACAAGUUUGUCUCAUGUCACAGUCCCCUUAACCCACACUGUCCUAAGCUGCCUCAUAGCUCAAUGCAUCCCACAAUGCACCACAGUCUUCUGCUCCACAUCAGUCCAGCUGUUGAUGGUCGGGCACCAUUAAAGUUCAUGUUGGAUUCAGACUGAAUAUUAUUACUUAUGUCCAAACAUUACCAAAACCUUCACAGAUGGUCCUCACUUAAUUUGAAAACUCCUCAUAAUGAGACUGAUCAGAAUAAUAUCACAUAUCUGACACUGUCAACUUACAUAUUUAUCAACAGGGCCUUUUUUCAGUAAUUAAGAAAAAUAUGUUUCUUUCUUAAAACUUUGUCAGACAAAACCCAUAAAAAUAAUAUCACAUCACAUCUUUUAUCCAGUGGACCCAUGUGCUUCUAGAUAACUGUUUUUAUUCUCCUCUCAGCUGCGAAAUUUUAUUUUGCUUUUUUUUUUUUUUUUUUUUU